GUCUUCUCGACUUUAUCUUGAGAUUCCUGCUGCGCUCCCACAUCUAGCUUGCUAGUCCAUGAUGAGAGUGGAGACUACGAAAGUCAUAAAAUGGUAGCGGUCUACGUCAAAAUGACAUCGGUUCAAGAGGAAUCAGUUUCAGUCCACAUCAUGAUUCGAGCAUUUCUGUACCUCAGCUGGGACGUUAAUGAAACCUAACCUUCAUUAAUCCAUAAUUUAUGCACAAUGGACGUACUUGAGAACGACACCAACGCCACCUUUUCGGACAUUUACAUGAAUGCCAAUGAGGACGAAGCCUUCUUUGAGUUCAUCGCCUACGGUGUGCUCUUGAACCUCAUCGGUCUUAUGGGCAUUAUAGGGAACGUUAUCUCCAUGAUAAUUCUGUCCCGUCCUCAGAUGAGGUCAUCAAUAAACUACCUCCUGAUUGGUCUCGCUCGCUGUGACACGGUUCUCAUCGUGACAUCCAUAUUACUAUUCGGCCUUCCGGCUAUUUAUCAAUAUACAAAGACUGAUCUUCUUUUUGCUUAUCAAUAUAAGAUAUUCGCUUUUCUCUGCCUAGUAGUAUUUCCAGUAGCACUAAUCGCUCAAACUGUUUCUGUUUAUUUGACCUUGACUGUCACCUUGGAACGGUUCGUGGCGGUCUGUCAUCCACUCCAAGCACGAUCCUUGUGCACCUACGGAAGAGCGAGGCUCUACGUCAUACUUAUCAUCAUAUUCUCAACUAUAUACAACCUUUCUCGAUUCUGGGAGAUUAAGAUAAGAGAGGAGUACAACGAGGAGACCAACUCUACAGUUUAUAUGCCAGUUACCUCUGAUUUGAGACAAAACAAGAUCUACAUCUCCUUGUAUAUCCACUGGUUGUACAUGAUUUUCAUUUACUUUCUUCCGUUCAGCUGUUUAGCAGUUCUCAAUGGUGCUAUUUACAGACAGGUGCGGCGAGCUAACCAAGAACGCCAGAGGCUAUCCAGGCUCCAGAAGAAAGAGAUCGGCCUCGCAACGAUGUUGCUGUGUGUUGUAGUGGUCUUCGUGUUGUGCAACAUCCUCCCUCUGGUCACGAACGUGUUGGAGUGUUUCUACGACAUCAUCAUCGAUCAACUAGUAAAGACGAGUAACCUCCUCGUGACCAUAAACUCCUCAGUGAAUUUUGUGAUUUAUGUGAUAUUCGGCGAGAAGUUCAAGCGACUGUUUCUCAAGAUGUUCUGUUCGCACGGGAUGUGGUCGUGUGCAGGCGCACUAGGAGGUAGGGACUCUCCGGACGGUGCCACUCACGAGGAUAGUCUGAUAUCUAACGGUGACGGCAGGAACUAUUCUGUGCGUGGUGUCCACUUGUGUCAGUUACAUCGGUCGGGCACCACUAUAGUCCGUAACGGUCGACUCGGUACCACCAAGAACUACCACCGCAGCAUGCGUGUCUCCCGCACUCUCUCCCCUGGACCCUGCGUGUACUAUCCGGCCCGCUCGGCACCGGAGACCUGGGACGAGACCACUACCACCACCACUCUCAACCAGCUGUAACUCUCUACGCGUUGGGGAAAAGCUACUAGCACUUCAUAUGUACAUGUAUAUCCUAGAUGUAUCUAUGUCUGUUGUAAGAUAUUUUAAUGAAGAGUAUGUAAUCUAGUCACCGUUUAUGUUUUUUAAGUUGCCAAAUAUUUUAUUAUUUAAUCCAAUUUUAUGACAUUUUAGAAUAGAAUCACAUACACACACACCCCUUUAUUUUUUUUAAACACAAAGCUGGAAAAUUGUAGUUUAGAACUGCUCCUCUCAAAUAUCCUUCUUAAAGCUCUUGAGUAGUAUGUUAUCAUUCAAAAACAAGCUAAACUGUAUAUGUAUAUAAGUCGUGUAAGUACUUAUCAAGAAAACUCUACUGUCUCAAGAAAAGUUACAGGAAAUUAUAUUGCUGACAUAUGGUGUAAAUAGCAGGAUAUGAAACAGAGUAAAUAAAAAUAAACUAUUUACCAAUGCUUUAUCAAACUGUCUCUCAGUUCUGAUAUUACUAUUGCUCGUUUGAUAACUCAUUUUAUUUAUAUUGGAUUUAAUAAUUUUCCAAAUUUUAUAGCGAGAUACACACGUCACAAAAGUAUGAACAUUUGUUCUAUUUUGUCUCUUGUCCAUUAUACUUUGUUGAGAGAAAUACUUUUUAGAGUAAUAUAUAACAUAUUUCCUUGUAAUAUAUGAAUAUAUUAAAUAAUUUAUUUUCAAAUAUUAUAUAUUACUGCUAAUUAAAUAUUUAGCAAAACGGGUAUUACAAUUCCCAAUUGGCUAACAGUAGUCCAGUUGCAGAUUUUAAGUGUAAAUUUGUGUAAAAUUAAGACUUAAUAAUGUUUUAAAAAACAAGUUAUAAAUUAAAUAUUUGUUCUAUCAAAACGAAUUAAAGAAGUAAGUAUAAAAAGAAAACGUACGGUUACGAUAAAUUACAGAUCAAGUCAAGGGAAACCUUGUAACUAUAUGAAUAUUCAUGCUUAUGAAUGACCUCCUUUAAAUCUAUGUCUCUCAUCUUUAAAUUAAUUUAUAUGCCUACGAUUAAUUGUAUUACAUUAUUUUGGACAGUAAAUUAUUAGCUAAUAAGGAUACAUUUUUCUUCAUCGGUUUUGUGUAUCUCUAAUUUAUUUUGCCUAUUCAUUUACAAGAAACUGUAAUAAAAAGUGUGACUUACAUGCAAUUUUAAAAAUUUACUUUGGAACAAUAACACAUAUACACUAAUAUAAUAUCAGGAAAAGUGCUGAUUAUAAGAAUUUAUUUCUCUAAAUACUAUAGCAGACAUUUUAUAUUUUGGUUUUAUCUAAUCCCUCUUUCUUUAUGUACCUUCACUAGAAUCGUCCUUUAAAACUAUGCGUAAAUUAUUUGGAUACAAAAAUUACAUUAUGUAUUAUGUCAUUAGUUAUACUCGUAUUACCAAAAGAUUUACCUAUAGUAGUUUACAUAGUAAAUGAAUGAUUAUAUAGUUGAAUAAAAAAUCUAAGCUAUAAACUCAAUAAUUAUAAAACAGGUGCACCUACAAGAUUACAGUUACUUUGUUGAUAGUUAUAUUUGUUUUUACCGUAUGUAAUGAUUGCUUAGAUUAAACAAGAUAAGGUGUGCUGCAGAUAUUUAUGGUUGGCGGUAAAUGUCUAACCAUUCAGGGACGAAAUAUGAAUAUAUGGUUUUAUAUCUGACCAUCUCAAGUUCGCCCUUUCAAAGCUACAGGGUAUGUGAUAACCUAGAGAACCAAACUGUAGUUGUGUACAUUCUACAUAUUUUUAUACGUACUUAUCAGAAAUCGCAUUACUUAAAUAUGUCUAUAUGUGUGUACCUUUUAAACUAUAUUACAGCUAUACUGUGUUUUACGGCGGUUUGUUGAAGAAUUUUAAUUCUUAGUGAUGAUUAUUUUGUAAUGUUUACAAAUGUAUUAUAAAAUGAUAGAAAAAGUGAUUAUGAUUGUCAAAAUCAUACAGACAUUACUUAACUGAACUGUGCUUUAAAUUUUCUUUUGAUAAUAUCCGAGCGUAAACAUACAAAAACAUGUGUUCAGUUAUAACUUGUACUCAAAAUAUAGUAAAAAGUUGUAUUAAAAUAGUUCAUUGCAACUUGUAAACAUUUUUAUUUAAAUUUUAACUAAAAUGCUGAAUGCAUUUUAACGAGUAGGAACUAAUGAUCGAAUAAGAACUAAAACUACAUUUAAAUAAAUAAACUUUUUAUAGCAUUAUUGCACGACCGCUUGUAUUAUUUUUUCCUUAAUUAUUUUGUUUUUCUAAAUUCAAUAAAUGAACAACAUUAAAAUGUAUAUAAGAACAUUGUGCCUAAAAAUAAGGCGUUAGAUAAGUUUUAUGAAAAUCAAUAAACAUACUUUAUAAAUAUUACUAUUAAAAGUAUGUUUCAUCAAGCGUGCUGUGAUAUCGAUUAAAUAAAAUUGUAAGCAAAGUUAUUACCGCUGUUAAAUUAUUAGUACUUAUAAAGGGUACUAUUGAGUUAAUGAGCUGAAAUGGAACUUUUACCUACGAAUACUUAAAAGUAUUUGUUUAUACACUGAUUUUAAAGUUGUUUUAUAAACAUUACUAUGAUAGAUUUGUACUUGUUCAUAGGCACAACAUAUCGAUUUUAUUUAAAAUUAGGCUUGGUUUAAACACAAUCUCCUAAUUGCCAAUAUAUUUUAAGCUGAUUCUUUAAACGUAAAAGGUGUGUUAUAAGUAAUAUUAUAUGAAUAAAACGAAUUGUAUUUAA